AUGUUCGUCCUUCGUAGAAUCAACGUUGAUGUAGCUAAACGUUUUUUCUCGUCUUCAGCUGGUGUUCACGCUGCCAAGGUAUCCGUCCUUGGCGCUGCUGGAGGUAUCGGACAACCACUCUCCCUUCUACUCAAGAAGAACGAGUUGAUAUCCGAAUUGUCACUUUACGAUAUUGUAAACACCCCUGGUGUCGCCGCCGAUAUAAGUCAUAUCAACACUAAUAGCAAGGUCACCGGCUUCAUUCCCGAAAAUGAAGGUCUAAAACAUGCUCUCUCGGAUUCCACGAUCAUUGUCAUUCCAGCAGGUGUUCCCCGAAAACCUGGAAUGACGCGUGAUGACCUGUUUAAUACCAAUGCCUCCAUAGUCAGGGAUUUGGCUGCCGCGGCUGUCAAAUAUGCACCCAAGGCAUUUCUAGCAAUCAUAUCCAAUCCAGUUAAUUCGACCUUACCAAUCGUUUCAGAAGUUUUCAAGAAACACGGAGUCUACGAUCCAAAGAGACUCUUUGGAGUCACCACCCUUGAUGUUGUUCGCGCAUCCCGUUUUGUAUCCGAAAUCAAAGGCACAAAUCCAAAAGAUGAGAAUGUCACUGUUGUCGGUGGUCAUUCUGGUGUUACCAUUGUACCUCUACUUUCCCAAACACGUCAAAAAUUCACCGAAGAAGAAUUGAAGGCUUUAACACACAGGAUUCAAUUCGGCGGCGAUGAAGUUGUUAAGGCAAAAGCUGGUACCGGAUCGGCGACACUUUCGAUGGCUUUUGCCGCCGCUCGUUUCACUGACUCGCUACUUCGGGCCAUAGUUCUCGGAGAAUCGGGUAUAAUCGAGCCGACUUAUGUGAAAUCGGAUCUCUUCUCCUCGGAAGGGGUUGAUUACUUUGCUUCAAAUGUCGAAUUAAGUCGUGAAGGUGUUGGUAAGAUCCACCCAUUGGGAUCCAUCAGUCCAUACGAAGAACAACUCAUCGGAGCUGCAUUACCCGAGUUAAAAAGUAAUAUUAGAAAGGGUGAAGAGUUUGUGGCCAAUAACUAA